UUAAGCUACCCAAACCCUGUAUAAAACAUUAAUUCAUCAACGUUUCAUCAUCAUCAUCUUGCUAGUAGUAGUUAAAUCGAUGAAUUCAUCCAUGGAUAGCGAUCCAGAAGCAGUGAUCAUUAUUAAUAGUAGUCAACAAGACGCGGGUUUCAACAGGUCCAAGCGCGAACGUCAUAUGAAAACUCCUUCUCAACUGGAAGCCUUGGAGAAAGCCUUUACUGCCAAAAAGUAUUUGACUCCGGCUGAGAUGGAUCAACUUGCGGCGAAAUUGGGGUUAUUAGAGAGCCAAGUACGGAUGUGGUUUUACCAUAGAAGAAUGAAGUAUAAGAAGGAGAGUCCGGGAAAAAGGUCUCUUAAGGUUUCGGGGAGAAAGAAGAGAAUGAUCCGAUAUUCGAGUAGUGAUGAAUCAGAAUCAGAGUCAGAUGAGUUUGGCGAAAUUACUCCUGAUGAAUAUGAGGAGCCUACUAAUGCAGCAGCAUUGACUGGACAUCGGGGAUGCUCUGCUAAUUCUUCUGAUGGUACGGUUGUGGAGGGAUCUCGACAUAAGAAACUCAAAUUGGAAUAUCCUCCUUCCAAAGAGGCUCAGAGUUUGCUUAUAAAGUCUGCUUGCGUUAGAUCACACUUUGUGGUUCAGUCCCAAAAUGCGGGUGAGGAGAUCGAGACAUCAAAAAAGAGUCUCAGCAAAGUCGAGGCCGAGCUUGACGAUAUGGAGAAGAAAGUACAGAGUGCUAAGAAAGAGGUUAAAGAUCUUAAGAGCCGGUUGGGAGAGGAUGAUGUCAUAGCUGCUUUGAGAACUGAGCUCACUGCCAUGAAAGCUGGACUUGAUGCUGCCCAGUUAGAAAAGGAUGCUGCAGCUAAACUCUUUGAAGAGAAGCUGAAUGCGAAGAACCAAGAACUCGGAGACCUUCAUCGGCAAUUAGAGACUGAGCGUGCCUGGCAUAAGGAAGAUAAACACGAGGCAUAUGCUCGAUUCGGGAACGAUGUGGUUGCCUUGAUAAGGAAGUUCAAAGCUACGACCUGAAAAGAGGCAAAGUUUUUGGUGGUUGUCUCCCUUUUACAUGCAAGUUUAUGCUGAGAAGCGAGGCAACCAAAUACCCUCUAUAGCUUUCUUUGACAUAUUAAUUUCUGCUAAAUGUUAUUGCGUGAACAUGAUGUAUGGUAUCUGAUGACUUCUUGUUAAAUUAUUGGUCAAGUAUGGCAAAGAUGGGAACGUU